AUGGGAUGCAGGACUGUGAAACUGCGGACCUGGUGCCAUGGGGCCAGGGUCCGUGGUGCUGAUGCAGGGCUGGGGCAGGGGGGGGUGCUGGGGAUCAAGAUCGGGUGGGUGUGUGACCUGGACCAGGCCUGGGAGCGCUGCCUGCCCCGCUACUCCUUCACCCGCCUGGACAGCCUGGCCCGGACCCCUGCCCCUGGAUACAACUUCAGGCACGCCCGAUAUUACCGCUGGCCCGACGGCUCCGAGCGCCGCACCCUCAUCAAGGCCUUUGGGAUCCGCUUUGAUGUCCUGGUGUACGGCAGCGCUGGGAAGUUUGGCAUCGUCCCCACCCUCAUCAACACGGUGGCUGCUUUCACCUCCAUUGGUGUGGGCACGGUGCUGUGCGACAUCAUCCUGCUCAACUUCCUCAAGGGCGCUGAGCACUACAAGGCCCGCAAGUUCGAGGAGGUGUCAGAGGCUGGUGUGCCCGCCACCCCUGCCAGCCCCACGGCGUGUCCCCCUGGAGCACUGGGAGCCUGCUCCCGAGACAAGCAAUCCACCGACUCGGGCACCUUCUCCCUCGGCCACUAACCCCGGGGGCCGUGGGGCGAACCUGCCUGGUGAGGGGCUCACUGGGACCAGUCUCCAAUGUUCCUCCCCCUGUGAGCCCCAUCAGCAUCUGACCGUCCGCAGCGCCCACCCCAGGUUGUCCCAGUACAUCCCAGUGUCCCCAGUGCCCACACGGGGUGCCCCAGUCCUGUCCCUUGCCCCCAGGGUGCCCCCCCAGCACC